GCAGAGUUGCAUGGUACAGACUAACGGUGCGUUUUGCAUAUAAAAGCAGCUAGUGGAACAUCAAACAAACAGAAUCAAACAAUCCUCAAAAUGAAUAAGGUCAUCAUCACCCUAGCUCUGUUGAUCGCUGUGACUGUGGCCGUGCCACAAGGAAGAAGAUUUGGUGGCAAUACUUUUGGACGUCCCGUUGUUGGACUACGCCCCAUUGGUGGUGGACUAGGAGGAUUAAAUUUAUUUGGAGGUAGUGGAACCGGUGCCGGUGCUGGAACAGGAUCUGCUGGCUUUGGAGGAGUUUCAGCUUCAGGAGUCGGCAUUUCAAGCGCCCAGAACGGUGGAUUCGGUACAGGCAGUGGAAGUGGAUCGGCUGGAUCCAACUUUUUCACCGGCCAGAACUUCGCCACUGGUACCGGUAGCGGACAGAGUGCCGGCAAAUAAUUUCUAUGUUGUACAUACAUCCUAGCUGACGAAUAUUGGCAUGUCCUGUAAAAUACUUUUUGAUAAUAAAUUAAAAGAAUACCAU